GCGGCGGCGGCGGCAGCGGGAGCGGCCGUCGUCUCUUUCCCCGUGCAGCCAAGCUCCAGCUCAAAGGUAGCAAUCCCAAAGAUAGUUUUUAUUACUACGAAGGAGGAGACAAAUUUCCAGCUCAACAGCAAGAACUGUGUGCAGCCUAUAACCGUGCCAUGUCGCCACCACCGUUCUCUACACAUCGACACGCAAUGCAGAUUGGUUGUCGGUGCACGAUGAGGACCGUAUGGCCGCUGCUCCUCGUGGCGGCGGCGCUGUGCUGCGCCUCCCCGGCGGCGAGUGCCGGGACCGGGCGCUGCAAGUUCCCUGCCGUCUUCAACUUCGGCGACUCCAACUCCGACACCGGCGGCUUCUGGGCCGCCUUCCCGGCGCAGCAGGGCCCGUUCGGCAUGACAUACUUCGGCAGGCCCGCCGGCCGCGCCUCCGACGGCCGCCUCGUCAUCGACUUCAUAGCGCAAGCGAUGGGGCUGCCGCUGCUGAGCCCGUACCUGCAGUCCAUCGGGUCGGACUACCGGCACGGCGCCAACUCCGCGACGCUGGCGUCGACGGUGCUGCUGCCCAACACGUCGGUGUUCGUCACCGGGAUCAGCCCCUUCUCCCUCGGCAUCCAGCUCAACCAGAUGAAAGAGUUCAGGAACAGAGUGCUCUCCUCCAAUGGCAACAAUGGCCAACUCCCUCGCCCGGAUAUCUUCGGCAAAGCUCUGUAUACAAUUGACAUUGGACAGAACGAUUUUACCUCAAACCUUGGAUCCCUCGGCGUCGAAAGCGUCAAGCGAAGUCUACCUUCAAUUGUCAACCAGAUCUCCUGGACAAUACAGGACAUGUAUAACAUUGGAGCUCGCCACUUCAUGGUGUUCAACAUGGCGCCCAUAGGAUGCUACCCGGCAUUCCUCACGGAGCUUCCUCAUAACAGCAACGACUUGGAUGAAUUUGGAUGCAUGAAAAGCUACAACAGUGGAGUGACAUACUACAACGAGUUACUGAACAACAGCUUAGCCGAGGUCAGAAAGAAGCUGCAGGAUGCGUCGAUCUUGUAUGUCGACAAGCAUACCGUAACGCUUGAGCUGUUCCAGCACCCUACUGCUCACGGGCUCAAGUACGGGACUAGAGCUUGUUGUGGAUAUGGCGGUGGAACUUACAAUUUCAAUCAAGAUGUUUACUGCGGAAACAGCAAGGUAGUGAACGGCAAAACUGCAACGGCAGGGGCUUGUGGAGACCCCCAAAACUAUGUCAGCUGGGACGGAAUACACGCCACUGAAGCUGCAAACUACAAGAUAGCUUAUGCAGUGAUCAGCGGCUCCUAUUCGUAUCCACCUUUCGAUCUUUCAAAGCUAUGUAGCCCUUAGGCAUCAUCUAGCCAGACAUACAGUGUUGUUUAAACCAUGCCAUCAUAGAACAUAUCUCUUGUAAAAGAUAACGAAGAUAGCAGCACUGAUGUGUUAGGAAAUAAUUGGGUUUAAACUUGAAGCAUUUAACCAAGAAUGACUGAAUGAGGGUGGUAUGUAUUUGUUUCAGUCGUACAGGAUUGGUACAUGCUGUACUUGUUAGAUUGAAUAUAUGUUAGGAGUUCAGACUUUA